GGCAGUAAAAGGUGAGCGGUGGGCAAAUCUCUUAAUCGGUUCUCGUUUUUUUUUGUUGAAAUCAUUAUUUCUCAUUACUUGUCAAUUUGGCAUCGUCGUGUGCUUGAUAAAAGUGAAGUCGCGUCCGAAUGUUUUGUGUUUGGAGCUUGACCAUGUCUAUGCAGGUUACAAACACAUGCUGACAGCAGCCAUAGCCAUAACUAUGGAACAUGUUUCUGACACAACCUCUCACAGCAACAGAUCCAGGGCGCCAUCAUGGUGGCUUCAUGCAUCCAAGUCGUAAUUGGCGCGACAGGCAUCGUUGGUAUUAUGCUGAACUUCAUCGGUCCCCUCGCUGUCACAUCCACCAUCACACUGAUUGGUCUGUCGCUUCACCAGGCGGCCGCGGAUAAGGCAGGCAAACACUGGGGCAUUGCCGUCAUGACCAUGGUGUUUAUCAUUCUAUUCUCGCAAUAUCUGCCCGAGAUUGGCAUACCAGUUUUGAGCUACAAUUCCCGGAAGAAGUGUCACAUGACUAGAUUCAACCUCUUUAAACUGUUUCCGAUAAUUCUGGCUGUUGCUCUUGCCUGGCUGUUUUGCUUCAUAUUCACCGCCACCGGUGUGUUCCCCGACGACCCCAGUGUGUACGGGUACGCCGCUCGAACCGAUCUGAACAGCAUGGUGCUGGACCGCGCGCCUUGGUUUCGCUUCCCGUAUCCAGGUCAAUGGGGCACACCCACCGUGACCGUGUCCAGUGUUCUUGGCAUCACAGCCGGCGUGUUUGCUUCCAUCGUCGAGUCCAUUGGUGACUACUAUGCUUGCGCCAGACUGUCUGGUGCCCCACCCCCUCCCCAGCAUGCUAUCAAUCGGGGUGUGUUGUUGGAGGGCAUUGGGUGCAUACUGGCCGGGGCCUGGGGAUCCGGAAACGGAACUACGUCACACAGUGAGAACAUCGGGGCAAUAGGACUCACAAAAGUCGGCAGUCGAGUAGUUGUCCAGGUGGCAGGCUGUAUUAUGAUGCUUACCGGACUUCUUGGAAAGUUUGGUGCUUUGUUUGCCAGUAUGCCAGAACCAAUCGUUGGUGGCGUCCUUUGUAUCACCUUCGGUAUGGUAACAGCAGUAGGGUUGUCCAACCUCCAGUUUGUGGACCUCAACUCAUCCCGUAACCUCUUCGUUCUGGGCUUUUCUACCCUGAUGGGCCUUGUGGUGCCGUACUAUCUCGAGCAGAAUCCAGGCCUACUGAAGACCGGUUCUGCCGAAUUAGAUCAAAUAAUUUCGGUUAUGCUCACCACGGGUAUGUUUGUCGGCGGAUUCCUAGCAAUUCUUCUGGACAAUACCAUACCGGGCACCGACAAAGAACGAGGAAUUCGGUCCUGGCGAAAACAUGUCACCGGUGACGCCAGGGAUGAGGAAGAAGGAGCCGCGCAAGAAACAGGCAACGAUGUAGAAGGUGGUUGUGAAGAUCAAUAUUUUGAGCUGAGCGAGAUGAAGGCUCCCGAUGACCUGCUGGCGGACGUCCCGAUAAAAACCCCACCGACGCAAACUGCUUUGCCAGCCAGUUACGACUUACCCUUGGUUAUGCCGCUCGUUCGGCGUUGGGCUUGUUGCCGUUACCUGCCGUUCAGCCCCUCUUUCCGGGGAUUUAAGUUUGGUUGGAUUACAAAGACGUGCAGGAAAAAAGAAUCGUCAGGUUAGAGGGCUCAGACAUACAACCAACUGGGUCAUAUCCACUUUCGGAUUGUUGGGAGGUGCAAGUCAGUUCUUUUCCUUCCAUUGAUAAAAUUCUUGAAGACCGGCUGGUGUGUAGGUCUCAUUUUUCCACCGUUGCAGGAGGGGGAGAGUAGGGAAUCUUAAGCUUGAGGCUUAAGUGUUAGAGGUGAUAUUGGCUGUAGCGUUUGGCUGAUGGAGACACAACAUGGGCGUGAAUCCCGGCAGAUGGGGGUUACAUAUAUAUCCCCCCCCCCACACACACACACACAGGCACACCUUUUUUAGAGGGGGGAUGGCUAUUAAAUCAUUCCCCUAGUUUUCGGGGUGAGCAAAAAAAAUAAAGCGGAUCGUGAAGAAUUUCUCAGACUCCUAACAACUAAAAUGCAUAAAAUAUCACGCAAAACAGGGAAAUCAUUUUUAAAAAAAGUCAACAAUACGCCAUUCUGAACACAAAUUAUAAAAGCACAUCAACAUCACGAGCAUCGACCUCUAUAUAGUCACGUGGUGUAAACCCCCCCCCCUGGCGUUAUGACUUUCAUGACUGGGCAAGUUAUCCCCACACACACACACACACUGCCCCACCUUUCCUCGUUCUCCUCCAACAUCCGGUACAAAUGGUUCAAAUUUAUGCACUGCACGACAACACUUGUUUUGUAGCCGUAAUUAAUGAUUUGAUCAAAGAGUAAAAGUUCAGUGUUAUCUAUCCGGUUCGUAAGUGUGACGUCACUUCAGUUGAAACCGCGCCCACUGCACAUGCACUGCACCUAGA